AGGUUAGAGUGUACUCCUCCGCCUGCAUGACAGAUCACAGAUGUACUGUACAGUACUCUUGGCGGAUGGAUCUGUAACAACCUGGGCAACGGAAAAGCUACCGGAAAAUAUAACGACGGAAAAAUAAUGUUGGUCCAUCAAGGGAUAAAAUGUCUGUUUAGGUUUUGGCGAAUGUAAUGGAAAGCGAAAAACAAGUUUUAGAGAGAGACUCAACACAUCAGCCCUGGAGAAAUUGCAAGUUGAUGAUUGAUCCCGCUCUGACAAAAGGACUGUACAAAGUGUACCGCUACGAUGGGCACUACUUUAAUAUACCUGUUGACGACAUAGGUUUGUCUCCAGUUGAGUCAGUGAAGGAUCCACGCGUCUGCCGCCUGUGGAGCAAAUGCAUUCAGACUGACCUGGAAGUUCCAAGAUUUAGGAUAGAUGAGUGCUAUGUUGGCCCUGUUCCUCCCAAAGAAGUGACAUUUUCCAGACUGAAUGACAACGUAAACAAAGCCUUCUUGACUAAUAUGUGUAUGAAAUAUGGCAACACUGAAGAAGUGGAGAUUUUCUACAACCCAAAGAACAAGAAGCACUUAGGCAUCGGUAAAGUGGUUUUUGAUACUGUGAGUGCGGCAAAAGAUUCUGUUCUUUACCUCAAUCAGACAUCAGUGAUGGGCAACAUCAUCCAUGUGGAAAUUGAUCCCAAAGGUGCCAACAGGCUGCGCUACCUCCAGCUCCUCUAUAGUGACCUCUACACUCCAUUGACCCUACCACUGGGCAGCAGUGAGCAGAGUCUCCAAAACUUAAUUGACAAUUUAUUGUGUAAUGCAGCCACACAGGGACAAGGGACCCCAAACAGCAUCACCACCCCGCUUUCUCUCGACACAGCUUAUUCCAGUAUUUGUCAGGAUACGCCUUGUAGCUUUGGACUGACGCCACAUUCGCAGGGAACCCCGCAUACUCCUUGCUUAUCUGCUACUCCCCUCUCCCAGGACUCAUGCUACUCCAGUCUACAGGGUACUCCAAUCCUACAAGGGGAACCCUCGACUUACAGUAUUCACAAAUCAUUCAGAAGAGAGUUCUGUUCUCGUAAAUUGUCAAGGUUUCAAGGGGGAUUUGGUGAUGUCUCUGAGGUAAAGUUUAUUUUGAAGCACCGCCAACCUCACUCUUCCCUGCCGCUGUUUACCCAAAGCAGCAGGCAGCAGCUUCAACAAUGGACUAACAAUGGAAACACAUCUGGUCAUAAUGACAAAAAACAUUCCUUUCAACUUCUGUCUCCUGAUCUCGAGUCCAGGGAUGUGGUUGCCACUACCUCAAAAGCUUUACCUGUAAACUUGGUGAGCAUCUUGAGCGUUGAUUUAGCUAACAAGCAGGCAGAAGCAACCAUCCCACCCGUGACACAAGCCAGCAGAGCAGAGUUAUCUCAGUCAUUUGAGAGCCCUCAACCAGAGACUUUGGACUCUCGCAUUCAAAGUUUAUUGACAAACAGCCAAAGUUCUGACAAUUUCCUUGGGAACGCUUUGAACGUUGAUGUGCAAGAUAUCCUAACUUCAUCCCAGAACUCCCUGUAUUCUUCUUUGGAAAAUGUCAGUCCAACACCGCUCCCUGAAGAUGACGAAACUUCCCAAGCUGUUUUCUUUCUUACUUCCCAAAAUUAUACACAGUCUCCCUCUGCAUUUGAUUUCACUGAGUCUGAAGGAAUGGACAAUAUAAACAGUAAGACCCAUGCAGGAAUGUAUAAGGCAUCAAGUUCCAAGGAGCUUCACUUAUCAAACAAAGACAAAGGACAUUCAGAAUUUUUGACAGCAACUCCUCCUCAGCCUCCCUGUAACACGCACCAGUCCAAACCUCCAUCUGCCGUUGAAUCUGGAGGAUUGUGUCCACCAUUUUCGACUGUAUCUUUCCCCAUUCCUUCAUUUCCUCCUGCCCCUCACCUCCCAAAUGGAAUCAUUCCUAUUCCACCUCCAGGCUGGAUCCCACCUCCUGCCCAUCACAGCAACAUCUGCGUACGCCCGAAGUCAAUUCUACCACCUCCUAAUUUCCUGGUUCCACCACCUCCUUUGGUGUCAACCUCCAUGCACACAUAUCCCUUAUUCCUCCCACCUCCAUGUGACUUGGACAAGGGCAAUCCACUAAAGCUUGGAAGUGUUUCCUUAUCGCCUUGUGCACCACACUGGAUUCCUCCACCUUUCCCUUGUUUCAAUCCUUCAAUACCCCCACCGAACUACACACAUUUAAGGGAAAACCCGCAAAAAGUUACAGCUGAAAAAGUUUUAGAUGUGCUCAUGGAUGAACUGAAAUCCAUCAUCAAGAAGGACAUCACACGUAGAAUGAUUGAGGGUGUUGCGUUUAAGGUGUUUGAAUACUGGUGGGACAAUCAAGAGAAGAAAACAAAGAUACCAGUUUUGCCUUUGAUGAAUAAGAAAAGCAAACUAAAAAAUACCUUGACUGACAUUACUGGUCAGCGCAAAAAACCUCCACUCCCCUCAUUCAAGGUAAAGAAAAAAAUAGAGGUCAAUCCUGAAAUAUCAGAAGCAAUAGCACCUUGUGGUAGCACUGAAGGGGACAUCAUGGUGAAACCAACAUGUGAUAAACGGAAACACAGACAUGCAAGACCACUUGAGCUUGAUAGUGAUGAUGAUGAUGAUGAUGAUGAUGUUGGAGACAAAGGUUAUAAAACACAUCAAGAGGAGGAAAGGGAAACUAUAGAAGACAAAGACGAACCAACUGGGCCCAUGGUUGAUAAUAUCCACAAUAUGUUUGACAGAGACGAUCUAGUCCACAAUGAAGAAGAGAAACAGGAAAAACACGAGCAUGGUGCAGACUCGUGUCAGGCUUCUUGUGAAGUUCUUGACUCCAGCAAUGAGACGUACUCGGAGUACAGCUCUUCAGAGGAAAGCGACUGCUUGUCCAGCUUAGACUCCUCAGACUCUUUUACCUCAGAGAGCUAUGAGGAUUCAUCGUACACUGAAGAUAACGAUGUGGAAGACGAUGUCAUGAGCAGUGAAGUUGAUGACUGUAUCGUAUUAUCAUCAGAUGAGGAGUCCAUGGAACUUGAGCCCCCUGUGACUCCUUCUGCCCCCCUCACUCCUGGCGCUCAGCUGGAACUGAUCCUAGAGGACUGGUCAGAUAAUAGCGAGGAAGCAGAGGUGAACAAUUACAUGCAUCAAGAAGAUGUAAUACUGGGGCUGCGUAUCAUCAGAUCUCAUGAGUUUGAGCCCCAGUCACCUAUUGGGCUUCCAGUUGAUCUUGAACUUGAUGCAGACAUGGAGAGCCAUGAAUGGACCUUGGGGACUCCAGAGAACAUCGUGAGACCUCUGACUCCUACUGGCAGCUUGAUUGACAGUGAUCCUGACCUUGUGAUCAGAAGUAAACCAACAUCUCCAGCCGCUGACGAAGUAGAACGGCCACAAACACCAGGCAAGAGCAUAGGAGUUAAAUUAGGAAGUGAAGACUCGGCAGAUGAGAUCUUGCUAACCAACAGCGAGUUCCAUCUGUCAUCAUCGAUCACAGCAGCCUUGUUAUUCCAGGAAACACCCAAAACCCCAUGUAGAGAAGACACAAGUCCGUGCAGGUGUAACAAUAAGGUUAGAGAGGAUACCAGUCCAACAUACCCACACUUUAGAAACCCAUUAUCCAAUUCAUCAAUCGGAAAUCCGUUUUUAUCUGCACCGAAGACUCCAGGGAGAGAUAUCUCUGUGCCACGAAGAGCAGUGACACACCGACAAAUAGUGAAAACCUCACAACCCCUUUUAGAUGACAAAUUCCUUAGAACAUCAUCUCCAUGUGGCCUCUCUGACUCUUCAUCUGAUGGCAGAGGAGUACAAACAUGGUUAGGUGCGAGAACGAUACCCCUGCAAAGACUGGAGAACACGCCCGAUCUUCUCAAUGGGGGAAGCAGAAGAGACACAAAAAUGAGGCGUAAACUGUGGAAGAGACGAAAAAGAGGUUGGAGGAAGAACCGCUUCUCUUGCAGUCGGUCUGCGAGGUGGCAUUGGAAACGUGAGCAGAGCAGGAUACUUCACAGUGUAUGGAAGGACGGUCUGGAUGAAGAGGAUGCAAGGCUGCUGCAGUGCGCUUAUGAAAGGUUAAAAGAGGAUGAUGAUGGUUACAGCUGGCUAAGUGACACCCCCUGGAUACCCCAUCCACUGACUAAAGUCACAGAGAAGAAUGAAGGACUCCAAUUAUGGCAGCAUAACCACAAAACUGGUUCAGCCCGCAGUGAAGGUUUCUACAAAAUCCACUGGAGGGAUAAACUUGAAUACCUAAACAAAGCCAGAAGCACUGAGCUUCCUUCUGCAAUCUCUCAGCAGGGUCUUUCGACACAGCCCACCUCAUUUCGUGCUGGAUCGGACUUCAGAUCGGAACAGCGUCGUCUGCUGUCAUCUUUCAGCUGUGACAGUGACCUGGUCAAGUUUAACCAGCUCAAGUUUAGAAAGAAGAGGAUUCGCUUCAGUCAAAGUCACAUCCACAAUUGGGGUCUCUUUGCCAUGGAGCAUAUAGCAGCUGAUGAAAUGGUGAUUGAAUAUGUAGGCCAAAUUAUCAGACAGAACAUCGCUGACAUGAGAGAGCACAGAUAUGAAGAGCAGGGCAUUGGAAGCAGUUAUUUGUUUCGGGUGGAUGAAGACACCAUCAUUGACGCCACUAAAUGUGGGAAUUUAGCCAGAUUCAUCAACCACAGCUGUAAUCCCAAUUGUUAUGCAAAGGUCAUCACCGUAGAGUCUCAUAAGAAGAUAGUGAUCUACUCGCGUCAGCCAAUAGCCAUCAACGAAGAAAUCACAUACGACUAUAAAUUUCCCAUUGAGGACACAAAGAUUCCUUGUCUGUGUGGAGUUGAAAGCUGUCGGGGGUCUUUGAACUAAUCACAGCCACGGUGUAUACUGCUUGUAUCUUAGAGAGGAGCCCACGUUGCCUGAGGUACUGUACAAAAUAAACACACACACUGAAGAUGUACUUUUAAAGUAAUAUUCAGUGCAGGCGCUCACUGCACUUAAAAAAAAAAGAUGAGCACUACACCAAUCAGGAAGUAAUGGACUAUUCUAACCAGCACUUAUAAGCUAUUGUGUUAUAUGUACUCCUGACUUUUGUAAAUAAUUUCAUCGAUAUAAAGCUGUCUUUUUGUUUAAAAAUUAUGAUGGCAUGUUUGGCUGUAAACCAUAGUUUGUACUGACUUUGUUAUUUUCAUUGUUUCAUUGUUGCAUCAUUUUUUCCUCAGAAAAAAAAUGUUAUCCACAUGACUAAAUGAUCUGUUGACCUUAUUGUAAAAAUGACACACUGUUUGUUUUUAAGGUGUUUCAGGUUUUAACCUGUUUUAACCACAAAGAUGUAAAAGAAAUAUUAAAAUUGCAUUGGAAGAAAACAUGAGAUUAAAAAAGU